GCCAUGGCUGCUCUCGAUUAAUUAAUAUCCUUGAUAGAUGGAUCCGUAUGAACAUUUUGAAAGUCGUUGCUUUGCUUGCCUGCGAGUCGCACUCCCAGGAUAGAUCACAUCACACCACACCUUCACAGGUCUCCCGUUUUUUUGCCAUUUUCCAAGGGCAUUUCUUCGUUACUUGCUGCGUCUUUCAUCCCUUCCUCCCAAUUUUCGUCUCUGCAAAUUUGGAGCACUCCUUCUUUGCAUCGCCCCCAUUGCCAUUGCCAUUCUUUCCAGCAGCUUUGUGUUUUCAAGAAAAAGCCGUCCAGAGAGGGGAGGGGACGGCAGGGCUUUUCUUGAUUCAACACAAUUCUGGCUUCUGGUUCGCCGCCUUCCUUGACGCUAGAGGGUUUUUCACCUAUCUCCGCAUCUAACGAAUGAUAUACUUUGCAACAUUGAUAUUGACUCUUCUGUGCAUUCCUUGUCAGGAUCUUUAUAAUUACAAUUCACAAUUGAUAACCGAUCGUUUCCUGCCAAAAUUCUGCUCCUUGCAUUGAGUUCUCUCGUGCAUUAUGUUGAUUAGGUUUUAAGAGGUGAAGGUGUUGGUUGCUGUCUUCCUCCUUGAUUGAUGUAUCUUGUUUUCACUCGAGUGGAGGAUUGGCUUGCGAACACUGAGUUUGUUCUCGGGCCACUGAUAGGGCAGCGGGUCAUUUGCUUCUGUAUUCCGACGAGGGAUAGGUGGGAUAAGGAGUUUUACCGAUUGCAGGGAACAUGGCUUCUCCACAAGGGCCUACUCUUGCAUCGAAUGUGACAAGGCUGGCUGAUGGUUCCUCGGCUCAUGAAGAUGUCAAGUAUAUUGAUAAUGUUCCUGUGUAUGUUAGGGAGUUAUUGGCUGGAGGUGCUGCUGGUGCAAUUGCUAAAACUGCAGUUGCUCCAUUGGAACGGAUCAAAAUACUUUUUCAGACUAGGACUCAUGGCUUUCACUCUCUUGGGAUCUAUAGUUCUCUAAGAAAGCUCCUGAAGGAUGAAGGUGUUGCAGGCUUCUACAAAGGGAAUGGAGCAAGCGUUCUCCGGAUUGUUCCAUAUGCAGCAUUACACUUUAUGACUUAUGAGCAAUAUCGCUUGUGGAUUUUAGAUAACUACUAUGCCUUAGGGGAAGGUCCUGUUGUGGAUCUUUUGGCUGGUUCUGCUGCUGGUGGAACUGCAGUUUUAUGCACUUAUCCAUUAGAUUUGGCUCGCACCAAGCUCGCUUACCAGAUUGUAGACAAAAGCAGAAAUUUGAAGCAUGGGAUGGGACAAUUAAAUUCUGUUCCAGCUUAUACUGGAAUUAAAAAUGUGGUUGGGAGAGUCUACCAAGAUGGGGGUGUACGUGCACUCUAUCGAGGCAUAGGUCCAACACUGAUUGGUAUUCUUCCAUAUGCUGGCCUGAAGUUCUAUGUUUAUGAGGAGCUGAAAAGACACGUACCCGAAGAGCACCAGAGUUCAAUUGCAAUGCGAUUGUGUUGUGGGGCUCUGGCGGGAUUGUUCGGGCAGACUUUCACAUAUCCAUUAGAUGUUGUCAGGAGGCAAAUGCAGGCUGAGUCUUCACUACAAGGUGGCAUGAGAUAUAGAAGCACAUUUGAGGGGCUGGCUUCCAUAGUUCGCAAUCAAGGUUGGAGGCAAUUGUUUGCAGGCCUGAGUGUCAAUUAUAUCAAGAUUGUUCCAUCAGUUGCAAUUGGUUUCACUGCAUACGAUAUGAUGAAGGCCCGCCUCCACAUACCGCCUCGCCAAAAAUCAUCAGCAACAGCGACAUCUACAGCAUAAGCCAGAAUUGAUUAUCGUUAGUAUUGUAAUACUGCUUAAGACGAUUUGCCAAACAUAUUCUUUGAUUUUUAUAUGGUAGACAAAACAUUUCUUCAAUAGCUUAGUGCAAUACAAAUCCAUUGUAUUUAUUUAUGGGCCUGCACUGGCUUGGAAUUAAGGUGUAGGGAUUGAAAGGCUUGGAAUUUUUGCAAUCUUAUUGGAUAAGCUUAUCUAUCAGACAGUGGCUGGCAGCCUGCCACAUAAGCACGGAUCUCUCCACCAUGUAUGGCUUUGCUUUGGCUCUAUCUAUCGCUGCAAAAAGUCUUCAAAACCUGAAGGAGCCACGAAAGAGAUUCACGAGAGAAAUGGCCUCUGCCGCUUCAAUGUCGAUGGCCUUGGCGGUCCAGAACAGGGUUUCUUCACUCCCGGCUUCAGAGGUGUUGCCGAAGCUGCCAGUUAGCAUGAAGAAGGUGAGGCCCCAUAUUGUUUUGAAGCAGUCAAAAGCCAAAGCUUCGUUGAAGGAGAUGGCAGCGGCAAGAAUGAGCGCGGCUAUGGUGGCAGCGUGGAUGGUGGUGCCGGAGAUGGCGCAGGCAGCGGAUGGCUUGACGCCGUCGCUGCAGAAUUUCCUGCUGAGCAUUGCUGCUGGAGGGGUUGUGCUUGGAGCUAUUGCCGGUGCUGUUAUUGGUGUCUCUAACUUUGAUCCCAUCAGGAGAGCUUGAUUCAUGAGCCUGUCCAAUUUGAGGAGAAUGCAUAUUGUUUUAUUGCGUUGCAUUGCAAAGCAAAACAAACAUACAUGGUUCUUCUGGUAGUUUUAUGAGAUCGAGGAGCUGAUUUGAUUUGGUAA